UAGCUGUAGAACAGGAGGGACACUAUCAAAGAAACACAGUCAGGAAAAUACGAUUUCUUUCUGUUAGCUAGAUACUAACAAGUAACCCAGGCUAAAUUCUGUCAGGAAGGACACAGUGUGACAGUCUCCAGUGACUGUUUAUUUCCAGCAACUGUUCGAUGACCAGCGUUAUUCCACAUACAGUAUAGCAGAUGAAUAUAGCAAUGCCUGAAAGACAUGUCUCACAAAGAAGACAAUGAAGGGAAAAGGAGCUCUCACCGCACUGAUUUGUACACCAGUAUCCCUCGAACAUGUCUGCCCAUUGUGUACCAUCCAGACUACAACAUCACCUUCAUGGGCCUUGAAAAGCUCCAUCCAUUUGAUGCAGGGAAGUGGGGGAAAGUCAUUCACUUCUUGAAAGAGGAGCAGUUCAUCACUGAUGGGAACAUCGUUGAAGCCUGUGAAGCUACUGAAGAGGAUCUGCUGGUGGUUCACACCAAACGCUACCUCAACAGAUUAAAGUGGUCUCUGGUGGUGGCAACAAUCACAGAAAUCCCACCUCUCCUGUUUCUGCCUAAUUUCCUGGUGCAGCGGAAAGUGUUGAGGCCUCUGCGGACACAGACUGGAGGAACAAUAAUGGCAGGAAAACUGGCUGUUGACAGAGGAUGGGCUAUCAAUGUAGGAGGAGGCUUUCACCACUGCUCCAGCGACAGGGGAGGUGGCUUUUGUGCCUAUGCCGACAUCACUCUGGCCAUCAAGUUUCUGUUUGAGAGAGUGGAAGGCAUCUCCAGGGCUACUAUCAUCGAUCUGGAUGCUCAUCAGGGAAAUGGACAUGAGCGUGACUUCUUGGAUGACAGACGAGUGUUCAUCAUGGAUAUGUAUAAUCGCUACAUCUAUCCCGGAGACGGAUAUGCUAAAAGAGCCAUAAAGAGGAAGGUGGAACUGGACUGGGGCACUGAAGACUCAGAGUACCUACAGAAGGUAGAGCUCCACUCUGACGGAGCGCUGAAUGAGGUCAGACCUGACAUCAUAGUCUACAAUGCAGGGACAGACAUCUUGGAUGGGGACCCCCUUGGAGGACUCUCCAUAUCACCACAGGGCAUUGUAAAGAGAGACGAGAUUGUGUUCAGGGCUGCGAGGCGACGGGGCAUCCCCAUACUCAUGGUGACAUCUGGGGGGUACCAGAAGAAAACGGCCCGCAUCAUCGCUGACUCCAUCCUCAACUUGCACCAGCACGGCCUGAUUGGAGCAGAGGCUCUGGAGGGGGAGGGAUCAUCUUCACUGGUGACCGGCAUGAUGUGCAGCUCUGGAUCUGUUGGAUCAACAUUCACUGCUGUCUGAGAUGCAUUAAUCCUGGUGUUACUGCUCACAGGCGUGUCAUCCACAGCUGUGACAUUUAAAGGCACUCUGUAAAUUUGUGUUGUACAGUUAGUGUGUGACAGCAGUGAUGAUAUUUUAAGGUUACUGCUGUCACACAGGAAUGAAUGACGAAUGAUUGGGGGGGGUCCACAGUGCUUGUUUGCACAUAGGACAAAAAAUGCUCUGGUAAAGUUUUACAUUUUUAAACUACAAGUUGGCAGUUACUCAAAGAGAGGAAUAAUUCAUAAUAAUAAAUCCUGACCACAGCUGAUUUCAUAAGCCCUCAUAUGCCACAAAAAGAGUUGUUUAAAUUUUCAUCAGUUGGAGAAUGAUGGUUUUAUGUUUAAUGUAUGUUUGGGCAGCAUUUUAUAGAGGUAUUCUUUCAUCUCAGGAAAUAUAAUAAUGUCAUUUGUGAAAGAUAUGACAUAUUAAUAGUCAAUGAAAUGGUAAAUCGGUGAAAUGUUCUUACAGAUACAUGGGAAGUAUAUUAAUUAUCCUCCAUCUCAGAUUACUUUAUGGAGAUAAUUUCCCAUGAAAACGGUAACUAUCCCAACAGUGAUGUUUAAACUUCUUACUGAAGAUAAUGUGUCCUUCAUUCCUCAUUAGCAUUUAGUUUGAUCACUUCUAGGAUAAACUGGCGUUUGUCUCUAGAUAAUGUUAUAGUUAUUAUAGAGUUAAUGGUAUUUCAUUACACAAGUUUGGCUACUAAUGAGCAAUUAAUGGGGUGCUUUAAAUCCAGUCUAUCGCUGUGUUUAUAGGGAACCCAAUAUGAUUUUACUGUAGGUACUAAAGUAUUUUGUCUCUAAAGUGUGAACAAAUAUGAAACACUAAAACAUGUGACUCUGAGCACUUUAACUAGCGUAGUGAAAGAAAAUUCACCAACAUUCCCAAACUCCUGAAAAUCAAUGUUCUGUUGCAGUGUGUUCCUGCCAUCUACACAUCGAAGUCCAAAAAGUGUUCAGUGAUUAAUGAGCAGGUCUGUAGAGUGGCGCUUUUCAUGGGUUUUACUUCUGAUUGGUUUGCUGUAGUCAAACAUACAGAACUCCCCUAAUGAUGUUUACACAUAAUAUUCUAUUCAUACAAAAUUGAUCUUUAAAAAUAUUGGAUCAAUAUGGUUAAUGCAGCAGCUUGUAAAAAAAACAUUAACUGCUACCACAGCUUCUGUGUGGACUGGAAAUGCAGCUGUUAAUGGACAUCCUGCUGUUAAUGGACAGUGUCUAUUCAUUCUGUUGUUUGGAUUUGGCUUAAGUAACUUUAUAGCUUUAGUAAAUCUAUGGAGUUACUUUUGUGUCAAAAAGUUAAACUAUCUACACUCAUGAAUGUGUCAUUAAAAAUGUCAUCCAAAGGCUUUAUUUGCAAAUCCAAAAUGCUGCUGAGAUCUUGUUGGUGGGACCUACGAAAGAUGCGUCUCUACUGGCCAGUCUUCCAUCGGAGUAACAGCUUGACAACAUCAGCUGUUAGUAAACGGCAGAUAAAGUUUUAAGGUCUUUGGAGAAGACAGAGCGGAAACAAAAUCACUGUCUUCUAAGUCAUAGCAAGAAUGCUGUGUUGAACUGGUGCAUGUAGAUUGCGUUUUGACUGCAGUCAAGUGAGCCGUCGUUUGUGAAAACCCGGUCAAGCCAACCACCAUUAGGAUUUUGUGGCGCAUCUAUUCAUGCAGUCACUGUACUGGUGCUUUUAGCAGCCAAAAAAAGAUAAAAAACUUGUAGUUUUUUUUCCUCAAAUUUGAUAUACCAAUAAAACUGACAUUAUAUCACACACCAUAUUAUAAAUUAGGUCCUGUUGAAUAUGUCACCAAAGAAAUCCUAAUGUGAUAAUACCAUUUCCAUAAUAGGUUUGCUGAGAGGUAUUCUGCUCAAAUUAUUCCUCGCUACGACCAUAUUACAUCCAUAAGGUGAGUGCUGAUACUGGUGACGUAACUGUGUACUGCCAUUGCAUUAGAUGUGUUUUGCAGCUGAGCGGACCUCCGUGGCUGCUGGCAGGUGCUGCUGUAAUGAUUUUCUAAUGUAUUUUCACAUUCAUUAUCUUCCACUGCUCUGGCCCCACUUUAUUGUUAUAAAAAGUUAGGGAGUAAAGGACUGGAGUACAGACUCGUGAUCAUUUAAAGGAUUUAAAGGCCUAUCUUUGAACAACAGUAUCCGGUUGAAACAGUAUCCGGUGCUUAUCCAGGAAGCUGUUUGGACACAUUCAUAAUGAAACUGUGAAAGACAGGCCAUAUUAGCGGUGUCCGUGCUAAUUAGCUAAAGUCUUUGAUCUGGUGGGCUGCUUUUGAAAUCCAGCUGAAAAGUUUAAUGCAGUCUACCUUCAUCAGGAAUCAGACUGUAUCACUUAUUGUGUGCAGGCCUGUCCAUAAUGCCUGAUCCCAGAUUCCCGCUCAUCAGCUCAUUUCCAUGUCAGUCAGCAUUUUAGUCAUUUCAGUUGACUGAAUGUUGUGUGCCAAAAAUAACACUGACGUCUACAAAGUACUGAAUGUUUUUGGGUGCGUUUGGGAUUUGUGCUGACAUUGAAAACUACUUCUAUGCAUCAUAAUGAUGAAUAAACCUAUAACAGCCAAAA